AUGUCUUCCGCUGCUCAGAAGGCUGAGGCCGUCGCUACGCCCGUCGCCCAGGUCGGCAUGGGGCAGGUCAAGUCGUGGGGACACCCGCUCCACCCGGCAACCGUCCACAUGCCCAUCGGCUUGCUCUCCAUCUCCUUCGGCCUCGACGCUCUCCAGAUCGCCCCUGCCCUCUCCUCCGGCCUGACCUACCUCAAGCUGCUCCCUCCCGCCGCAGUCGUUAAUACCCUCUCGCACUACACCGGCGCCGCAGGCCUGCUCUUCGCCCUCCCUACGCUCGCGACGGGCAUCGCAGAGCUCUACGGCAUGUGGACCGGCCAGGCGAAGCAGAAGGAGUCGGUCAAGGCGACGGUUGCGGAUGCGGCGGUCAAGAAGGACAUUGCGGGCGAGAAGCUCAAGGUCACGCUCACGCAUGCGACGCUCAACGACAUCGUCAUCGGCAUUGCGACGUACAACUGGUGGAUUCGCCGCCAGUCGAGCCAGCUCAUCCUCCCCCGCUUCAACGCCCUCCUCUCCGCCGCCGCCAUCCCCCUCUUCCUCUACUCGGCCUACCUCGGCGGCUCGCUCGUCUACGAAUACGGAGUCGGCGUGCAGCGCCAGGGUGAGGCGGCGGAGAUCAAGCAGAAGGCGCAGAAGGAGCAGUGA